AUGCAAGAAGAUUUAGAGGUGACUGGUGUAUCUCGGAGUGGGAGAGUGAGAAAGAAGAGCUCUAAGCUGAUGGAUUUCGAGUCUCCGGAUGAUAUCGAAACCAGAUUUCGACGACAAACACCCCUCAAGACGUACUCUGGAGUGAAACAAGAUGAAACGGUUGAACUACAGGAAACUCCUCAGCGGCCUCAAGAAGAAGGUACCGCGUCUGGCAGCGAAUCGGAUUUCUAUGAAAACAAUCCCGACAAUGGCGAUAGCAUGGAAUCCGACAGUUCGGCUUCCGAUGAAGGUUCGGCUCGAACACCAGCUAAUUCACUUUACAUGAUGGAGAAAAGUAAGAAGAAAUUGAUAGUCAAAGAUGGAAGAGUGGUCGGCAGGGCCAAAGCUCAACGGAAAGAUAAAGGUAAAACCCGUAUAACAGCAUAUAUGAUGUGGGCCAAGGAGGCCCGGAAUGAUUUGUUGAAGAAACAUCCCGACAUGGACUUCUCGGCUAUAUCAAAACGUUUGGGAGAAUUGUGGGCUAAUGUAAAUUACAACGAACGUUACUUGUGGAAACGGAAAGCUAAACGUUUUGCGAUGCAGAAGGACCAGAACCAGGGAACUACUAGCAAGAUUAUAUCGAACCCGAGUAUUAAAACAACCCCGUGUACAAGUCGACCUGCCACCAAGACUCCGAAACCUAUCACACCUCCACAACAAGCUUUAGUGCCGGUGUCAGCGGCUUCGUCAUACCGCGCGCCUAGCUGCAGUGCAGCUGAAGUGGCCGCGCACCUACGACUACUGGGAGAGAGUCUGGCCAUCAUUGGAGAGAGGCUUAAGGAACACGAGGGUCAAAUCGCCGUGUCCGGGUCAGUAUCAGUACUACUGGACACCCUACUCUGCUCGCUCGCCCCCCUACUGUGUGUGACGCGCGCCAUCCCAGCCAUCGCGCCCCCACAGCCUCUAUUGAGGGACACCCUACAUAACAUUGCGUACAUCAUGCCCGGACUAUAA